AAGAUGGAUGUUGAUAUGGAACAAACAGCUGUUGGGCAAUUUCAAACAUUGGUACGAUAUAACAAUCCUGUGUUGGUGGUAAAGCAUGUUGAUAAAAAAACAGCAGGACCAGCAGAUUUGGAAAUGAAAAGGCCACAAACGGCUGGAGCCAUAUUGGAUACGAAAAAGGAAACUGAGGAAAUUUUAAAUUCAAUUUUACCACCACGUUGCUGGGAAGAAGAGGGACAAUUGUGGCAGCAGACGGUGUCCAGUACUCCAGCCACCCGACAGGAUGUUAUUAACUUACAGGAGAUGUUGGAUACGCGUUUACAGCAGACCCAGGCAAGGGAAACUGGAAUAUGUCCCAUAAGACGGGAAUUAUACUCGCAAUGUUUUGAUGAAAUUAUACGCCAAGUAACUAUCAACUGCUCGGAACGUGGCUUGCUUUUAUUACGUAUACGCGAUGAAAUCGCCAUGUCAAUGGAGGCAUAUGAAACCUUGUAUUGUAGCUCGGUGGCUUUUGGAAUGCGUAAAGCUCUACAAGCCCACGAAGAAAAAGAAAUGCUAAGGGAUCGUGUCAAAUCGUUGGAAAGUGAUAAGGAAGUAUUGGAAGAUAUGAUUGCCGAUAUGAAAUUAAAGAACGAACAGGCGGAACGUAGAAAUGCCGAGCUGCGUGCCUCCGAAGAAAAGAAAUACCAAGAAGAAGUGGCAUUCCUUAAGAAAACCAAUACCCAGUUAAAGGCACAGUUGGAGGGUAUUACUGCACCAAAGAAAUAA